AUGGAGUACUGGUCAUCGUGUUUGAUGUUUCUCCUAACCCUUGUACUCCUUCUUUCUCAAUCUUUAAUCGACUCAUCUACUCCUUCACCUUCUAAUAAUUUCUUGUGUCAUCCUGCCGAGAGCUCUGCUCUCCUCCAAUUCAUCAACUCCUUUAUCAUCAAUCCGAAGACAGUCUCUUGGAAGAAUGGCACAGAUUGUUGUUUAUGGGAUGGAGUGUCAUGUGAUCAUAUUUCAGGUCAUGUAAUUGGCCUCGACCUCAGUUCUGGCGGUCUUCAAGGCCCUCUUCACUCCAACAGCGCCCUUUUCUCACUUAUCCAUCUCCAAACUUUAAUCCUUGACUUCAAUGAUUUCUCUUGCUCUCCAAUUCCUCCUGAAAUUGGCAGUUUUGCCAACAUGAAAACGCUUAGUCUCUUUUUUGCCAACUUUUCUGGUUAUAUCCCUGAAGAAAUUUCUCACCUCUCUAAACUUUCUCAUCUCACCAUUUUUGGUAAUAUCGAUGAUUGUCAUUUUUUGAUGGGGCCAUUUGUCUUGAAAAAAAUGCUUCAAAACUUCACCAAUCUCAUGGAACUUACUAUGAAUAACAUCGACAUGUCUGGUGUUGAACUAGUUAGUUCUUUCAUGAAUGUGUCUUCUUCCUUGACGACUCUUGAUCUCUAUCAGUGUGGAUUGCGAGGGAAAUUCCCAGAAAAUGUCUUUCGCUUACCAAAUCUUCAGGAGCUGAGAUUAGGAAUCAAUCCAUAUUCACCUUUUAGUGGUAAUCUUACUGGUUCUCUACCUAUGUUUAAUUGGAGUAGUCCACUCUGGUACUUAGAUCUUUCUGACACAAAAAUCUCUAUUGAUUUACCUUACAUGUGUUCAAGUGCCAAGUCUUUGCAGAUUUUGUUUCUUUCAAAUUGUAGUUUUAAAGGAUCAUCAAAUAGUGCAAUGUUGACUAACCUCACUCAAUUAGUGGAACUCAGUGUCUUAGUCAUCAAUAGCAACAAUUUUGGAGGUCAUAUUCCAUUGUUUUUUCUCAAUCUUCAGCAGUUGACCAUUUUGUAUCUUUCUGGCAACAAUUUUGUUGGUAAGAUUCCUGAAUUUCCAAAAGCAAAUUCCUCACAAAGCCCACUACAAUUGAAUUUAGAGCAGCUCAUCAUAUCUGAUAACUUGCUUAGUGAAUCAAUACCUUCCUGGGUAUAUUCUCUUCCACAUUUAAAGUAUUUGGGGCUGAACAAUAAUAAGCUUAUUGGCCCAAUUAAAGAAUUCCAUUCUAAAUCUCUUGUAUGGCUCAAUUUGGGUUCUAAUAAACUACAUGGCCAGAUUCCAAACUCAAUAUUUCAACAGAAAAACCUAGGAAACAUAAAUCUCUCACACAAUAGUUUGGAUGGUGUUUUAGAGUUAAGCAAGUUUUCAAUGUUGAAAAAUCUUCGGAGACUUGACCUUUCUUUUAACAAUUUCACUGUCUCCACAAAUAAAUACUCCAACAAUGAUUCAUUUCCUCAACUUUUUUAUUUGGGUUUGGCUUCAUGCAACAUUAGUGAAUUUCCAUAUUUUCUAAGAAACAUGAAAAGCCUAGUCAUUGUAGAUCUUCGCUCUAACAUGAUUGAAGGGCCUCUUCCUACUGUUCCACCUUCAAUGAGUAUUUUUUUCAUCUCAAACAAUGCUCUAUCUGGAGAGAUACCCUCUACAUAUUGCAAUUUGAGUGAGUUGGAAAUCCUUGAUGUCUCCAACAACAGUAUUCAUGGAAAAAUUCCUUCAUGUCUUGGAAAUAAGUUCUCUCUCUCUGUUUUAGAUUUGCAUACGAAUAAUUUUUGGGGAGAAAUCCCUCAUGACAUGUUUGAAAAGUUAACUAAUUUGAGGAGUUUGCACCUUAGUAACAAUCAUCUAGAUGGAUCCCUGCCGCGUUCUCUGCGUAGUUGCCAAAGCUUAGAAGUUUUAGACGUGGGAAAUAACAAGAUAAACGAUACCUUCCCUCAUUGGUUGGAAGAUCUUCCAAUGCUUCGAGUUCUUGUUUAG